CCAACAUAUCUAUAGCCUUUGUGGACGCAUAACCUACUGACUGUCCUAAAAGAUUUAAAAAAUACUGUAAAACAGUAAUCAUUACAAUGUUCAAAUAUUCCAAUUUGAUCAGUAGAUGCGCAAAUAACGUGCAGAAGUGUAAUUUACGUUCUCUUAGUUUUCGAAGCAUUAAACAACUUUUUUCGAUAUAUUUUCGAGAAACAGUCGAAACUGCAAAACCUCCUUAUGAUCACAUUUGUCAAGUUGGUAAUCCUAUUUUGCGACAGAAAGCGUCACCUGUCGACACAAAAGAGAUACAUACGGUAGAAUUUCAAAAGGUACUCGAUCAUUUACAUAAAAUAUUGAAAAAAUCUGACACAGUAGGAUUGGCGGCUCCACAAAUCGGUUUAUCCUGGCAAAUAUUUGCUAUCGAAGUAACGGAAGACUAUGUGAAAGAUAUUCAUCCAUCCAUACGAUCACAUUGUCAAAUCGAACCUUUUCCGUUGACAUAUUUUAUUAAUCCAGAAAUGAAGAUAAUAAAUCCCGAAGAACUGAUAUUUUACGAAACAUGCGGAAGCCUCAACCAUUUUCAAGCAGAAGUACCAAGGCCGAAAGAAAUUCAGAUCAAAGCACUUGAUCGAUUUGGAAAACCAUUUUGUUGGAAAGCAAAUGGUUGGUUAGCUAGGAUCGUUCACCACGAAAUGGAUCAUUUAAAAGGCUUAAUAUAUACCGAUAGAAUGUUUCCGCUUACGUUCGACUAUAUAGAUUGGGACGAAGAGAAAUGUACUAAUGUAAAAAAAGAUACUGUAAGUUAAGUAUUCUGUAGAAUAGUUUUUAUAACGUGUACACGAAUUCAUAUUAUUAGAUAUAAUCUGUUAACAAGUUAAAUUGAAAUGUAGUAUGGAAAUGUAUAAAAUACUGUGAUUUUGAUAAACUUAUUGAAAUUAUUUAUAUCCUUUAUAUUAGUUUGCCUUCAUUAAGUGGAUAUAUCAAUCCACUAGAAGUGGAAGAACAGUUUGUAAGAUGUUUAGUAAUCAUUAUACAUAUAAUUAUUUAAUGUUGUUGCACUAUGUAAUGCCAUGCUUUGUCAGUUUUAUGUACAAUUCGGAAACUAAGGCUUUCCUCUAAAUAUACGUAUGUAUUGAGGGAAAAAGUCGCCUUCGCAACAUAUUACAAGGGUAUCGAAAUCGGUGAGGAGGUAGCUAUUCGACAGGUUGACCAAAGUAGAUACAAGUUACAAUAAAUAUUUAUGUUGACAUCAUA